AUGGAACUACCUGAAAACAAGUCCAAGAAGCUGUUCAUCAAUAUGAGGGGAAUUCCAUGUCUCCUAUUUGCACUGAUCCUUUCAACCAAGUCCGGGUCGGGAACGGCACUCGAAAGCACUCCGAUCCAUGGAAGAGAAAAUAUUGGUGACAGCUUGGAAGAGAUGAUGUUAGCUCUGAGGACAACAACGCUAGAACAUGCGAAGACAAUCUCACAAAUGAAGCAUGACUUUGAAAACAUGAAGAAGGCUACUGGGAAGCUGAGUACUGACUACGAGAACUUGAGGAAAGAGCACGAGAACCUCAAUAUGACUGUUUUACGACGGCCCUCACAACUGGAGACAUACACUAUGCAUGGUGGGUGGACCGUCACGGCGAACCUCAUUACUACUGGCACGGGUCAAACGCAGGACAACACAUGUGCAAGUGCGGGUCAGCAAGCGAAUUACACAUUGGGUGGAUUGGCUUGCAAGGGCAAGACUCCAGCCCCGGACAAUCCAGCUCAAUCCUGUUCAUCUCUUCGCCAAGCUGGAAGCACUCAUCCUGGUUAUUACCUGAUCAACUCCAAGAAAGGUCGCCUGGAUGUUGUUCUGUGUAGGAUGGAUUUGGAGGAGUUCGACCCGAAGUUCCAGGUGGAGACAAAUGCUCGUAUUGCAGGAGGCGGGUUUCUGCAUGGCAAGGUUACACAUCCGGACAAUCCAGCACAAUCUUGUUCAUCUCUUCGCCGAGCUGGAAGCACUCAUCCUGGUUAUUACCUGAUCAACUCCAAGAAAGGUCGCUUGGAUGUAGUAAUGUGUAGGAUGGAUUUGGAAGAUAACAACCCAGAGUUUCAAAAAGAGACAAAUGCUCGUAUUGCAAGAGAAGCGAUUUAUUUCGAUGUGUAUGGAGCAUUGGGAAGUAAUGGCAGCGUAGUACACUACUCCGGCGUCGAUGUCAACAUCGGCGGGGCAAUGAAUUAUUCAAGCGACAAUGUCAAUGUCUACUUCGCAAAAGGAGUACUCCCGCCCUUGAUUCCUUACGGACGUUACACGCAUUUUAUUGGAUACUUGUUGUAUCCCAUGUAA